AUGCCCACCAGCACCAUCUACGUAUGGAGCGGAAACAUGCAAGCUAACAUGUCCAGAAAUAGCGUUACCAUUGCACUCGAAACUGAUGAUGGUCGUCAUGUCCCGACUGAACUCAGCAGUCGCAUGCGUAGACGUUGUCCCGCAUUGAACGCGAUACCCCAAGGUGCCAUACUACGAGGUGUAGAAGUCGAACCUUUCCGCGCCGUGGUGAGCUAUCUGGAUGGCGACGAGUCCCCGAGAAUCUCGGUCUUCACAAAUCACAUCGGUAGCAAUGAAUUCUUACUUUUCUUCGCUCAAACGUGGGUGCUCGCGGCGCGACUUGGUCUUCCUAUUUUGCAGAAUGACCUCAUGACAAUCAUGAUCAGUAUUCAUGCCAGCAUGGUUGACGGAAGAGGCACAGACUCGGGACUUCAGUACACCGCUGGCGAGUCCCUCUCCAAAGCUUUCCAGCAUCUCCGAGACCAAAUUGGACGCAACACCGAUGCCGAAAACUUUCUCAUAUGCUUCGCUGGUAGGACAGCACCGCUGAUCGACGAGCUGGAGCGGAACCUCAAUAGCGGAGAGAUUGACGGCGCCAUUCGAAAAGAGAUACUGGCGGAAGCACGAUCUUUCGGUCCAGAUCCCAUCAAACACCAUCCACAAGCAUUCCUCGUCAAUCAGGAGAAUCCCCUAGAAUACCCAAAACUCGAGAUACAGUCGAAAAAUGUACCGUGGGCACUUUCCGAGACAUCACUUCCGGACAUCGUGGAUAAGGCAGCUACACCACAGCUUUCUCAUAUGUACGGAGAACUGGGCAACGACAUGCGAAAGUAA